AUGAAUGGUGCAGGGCAUAACGGUGGCGGUGGUUGUGGGACCCCAGCUGGAGCUCGGCAGGGACAACAACAACAACAGCAGCAGCCGACGGAUAUGUUUGUUGCCUGCUUUGAGGCUGCCCUGGACGAGGAGUUGAGAGGGCAGGAGAUUUCUAGCGGCUUCCGUGUCUGUUUUGAGAAGAUCGGCUCACCAUACGGCUUUAUCCGAAAUGAGGGUCUCCGUGAGGCUCUGCAGCGUUUGUGUGACUUGUCUCUUGAGGCAGCGGAGGAGGCGGCGCGUUUGGCGAAUAAAACACCAGGCACCACCACCACCACCACCACCGCCGCCGCCGCUGGGGGAAAUACGACUGCCACACAACCCCAUCUUCCAUAUGAUGCCAUACACUCAGCCGUCAUGCCACGUAGUGCGGUUGACCCUCACAGCACAGCAACCCCGAUGAAUCAUGCGGCGUCGGGCUACAGUGCAUCGUGGGAACGUACCCAGAGGGCUUUAAAUGGGGCACAUUACACAAUGUCAGUUUUUCACCGCGUACUUGUACCGCGUGUGGAUGAGCGCUCCCAGUGCAAUCCUGGCGGCCCCGUCACUAUCGAGCUGUCGGAAGAGGCGGCGCUGGCAUGGAAUACUUUGAAUCAUGCCCAGAGGACAACCCCGCCUUCAUCGCCAUCGCCUGUGGGAAAAAAAAAAGAACUUGACAUCACACUGACAGAAGUGACCUAUCAAGAACAGGAAUUGGCGUUACGGUUGCUUCAAGGCCUAAGUUUGGUCGUAUACGACCAACGUCGUGUGAUAGCUGAAGGUCCCCUCAUUACAUUUCUGGUUGAAGUUUGGCAGUGUUGUCUGCAACAUAUACAAGCUCUUUUUAGCCUUCGUCGCCGCAUAACGGCGUUGGAAAAAACAGGGGAUACCGUUUCCUCCACACCACACUCGUUUGAGGAGGGACCUGUUCAACUCGUGCCAGACUUAGAGACUGUAAUUGUUGCCACUAUCGAUGCAAUGGAGGCGGCAUGUCACUACAACCCAAUCGCGUUGACUCGCAUCGUGCAACAAGGGGGAGUACGGGCCCUCCUGGACUUGGGGCUUUGCCCAUAUGCCCCAUACGACAUCCGAUGUGCGGUCUUUGAUACGGUUAGUGUACUGAUGCAAGAAGUUGCCCCAUUUCGACGCGCGGUUGCUGCAGGGGCUGCAGGGGCCGCCGCUGCGGGCGUCAAAAAAGGAAAUGAGGAUGAGUUAAUCCAAACAAUGAUCCAGCAAGCGAUGGCGGGUUAUUUAGGUCGGCAGGCGGCCCCGCCACCGUUUCUUAUGGACCGUGCGAGCGCAUCAAAAUUUGACUCCGCAGUUCGUGAUUGGUUUAGUCAACAGGGACUGAGUCAUGUGGUGUCGGCGGUGUUGGAGCUACGCGAUGUGCGCGGAACACCGAUUGCCGUCGGGGCGAUGCCAAAGGCAGAGGUGGCACGUAACGUGCAGCGUGUAAACCAGCUGCGUGAGAAGCAUCUACAGGCUUUGCUGCAAGCGGUGGACGGCAAGCGGGCGGCGUUAUGA